AUCGCAUAUUCUCUUCCCUCCCAUCUGUCUGUCUUCCUCAACAACAACAAAAAAAAAAAAAAUCCUCUUUUCUCCAUAUUUUCCUCUCGUGAUUUGGUCUAGGUUAACAAAUUACGUCUCCUGGUCUUCCAUAUUUCUGGAUCUUUCUUCGAAAGAUUCUUCCAUUGUCGUCCAGGUCGUGAUUCUGGUAGAUUCUUGGAGAUUACUCGCAUCGGAUGUAUGGCGGAUGCAAAAGUUGUUGCCGGGGUACUAGGAACUCAGGUGGUGGAGGAAACCUCUCCUGAUUUGCUGAAGAACACGCCGUCGAACAUUGCUAGGUUAGAGGAUGUGAUCGAGCAAUGCGAAGGCAGACAAAAGUAUCUUGCUCAGACGAGAAGUCCAUCUGAUGGAAGUGAUGUUCGGUGGUACUUUUGUCAGGUCCCGUUGGCCGAAGAUGAAUUAGCUGCUUCAGUACCUCGCUCCGAGGUAGUGGGAAAGAGUGAGUAUUUCCGGUUUGGUAUGAGGGAUUCUCUGGCAAUAGAGGCAUCUUUCUUGCAGAGGGAGGAAGAAUUGCUUUCACUCUGGUGGAAAGAGUAUGCAGAAUGCAGCGAUGGCCCAAGGAUACACGUUGAUUCCAAACAAAAAUCGGAUAAGGAAUCAAUAGCAUCUACUUCCAAAGCUUCUACAUCGACCAGCCUAUAUGAAGUUGAAGAGGAGAGAGUUGGUGUUCCCGUGAAGGGUGGGCUAUAUGAGGUCGAUUUGGUGAGGAGGCAUUGUUUUCCAGUUUACUGGAAUGGAGAAAAUCGGCGUGUGCUUAGAGGCCACUGGUUUGCUCGUAAAGGAGGCCUCGAUUGGCUUCCAAUCAGGGAAGAUGUUGCUGAACAGCUAGAGGUCGCAUACCGCAACAAGGUUUGGCGCAGAAGAAGAUUUCAACCCUCUGGACUUUUUGCAGCUCGUGUUGAUUUGCAGGGAUCCAACUUGGGACUGCAUGCUCUCUUUACUGGGGAAGAUGCUACAUGGGAGGCAUGGCUUAAUGUUGAUCCAUCCGGUUUCUCUGGUUUUGUUGGUUACAGUGGAAAUGGAAUUAAGUUAAGGCGUGGUUACUCCGGCUCACAUUCUCCAAAACCUACUCAGGAAGAACUACGCCAACAAAAGGAGGAGGAGAUGGAUGACUACUGUUCGCAAGUUCCUGUUCGCCAUCUUGUUUUUAUGGUCCACGGCAUUGGUCAGAGAUUAGAAAAGUCUAAUCUGGUUGAUGAUGUUGGAAACUUCCGUCAAAUCACAGCAAGUUUGGCUGAACGUCAUCUUACCUCUCACCAACGUGGAACUCAAAGAGUCCUUUUCAUCCCAUGCCAGUGGAGAAAGGGCCUAAAGCUAAGUGGUGAAGCUGCAGUUGACAAAUGUACUUUAGAUGGUGUACGGCGAUUGCGUGUCAUGCUCAGUGCUACGGUCCAUGAUGUGUUAUACUACAUGAGCCCCAUUUAUUGUCAGGCUAUAAUUGAUUCGGUUUCGAACCAACUAAACCGGUUGUAUCUGAAGUUCCUAAAGCGAAAUCCUGGCUAUGAUGGAAAGGUUUCUAUAUAUGCUCACUCGCUGGGCAGUGUUCUAUCCUAUGACAUCCUAUGUCAUCAGAAGAAUUUGUCAAGCCCAUUUCCGAUGGAUUCUAUUUACAAGAAAUUUUUCCCCGAUGAAGAAUCUGCCCCGGUGAGAAGUAGUCGGCAUUCUAGUUCCCAUCCAUCAACAAAUUUGGACAAAGAUAACUGUAAUCAGAUGGAUACAGAGGAAAUCGUAGGCGAAGAUGAUAAUAGCAUGAUGGCUAAAGAAUCAACUCUUCUUCGGGAGCACAAGGAGAUUUUCAGUGAAGCUCCUUCUUUAAGCGGCGAUAGUGUUGUAGACAAUGUGGAUUUAGAGCCAAAAGAUAACAACGAAGAUGAACAUGAACAAACUUGUGAAUCUGGUGGAGCAAUUUCUCCAUGGGAUUGUUCAAAUGGAACUGAUAAAGAAACACAUGUUUCGUCCUCUAUUCCUGGACAAUGUGAUGAUGCUAAUAAAGAAGAAAUGAUUGAGAAGUUGAGAGAAGAGGUUAAUUUGUUAAGGGCAAAACUGGCAGAACUGGAAUCCCGAAGUGGCAGGACACAUACUCAUGAAAAAGCCAUCACAUCUACGGUGCCCGACAAGUGGACACCAACUGAGGAUGCCAAUACACCACAAAGUUAUACUCCGUAUAUCAAAUACACAAAGCUUGAGUUCAAGGUUGACACUUUCUUUGCAGUUGGAUCGCCACUCGGUGUCUUUCUUGCCCUCCGAAAUAUUCGUAUUGGGUUAGGUAAAGGGAAGGAUUACUGGGAAGAGGAGAAUAUUACAGAAGAAAUGCCAGCUUGUCGUCAAAUGUUCAACAUUUUUCACCCUUAUGAUCCUGUAGCCUAUAGAGUAGAACCACUUGUCUGCAAAGAGUACCUUUCUGAGCGACCAGUAAUUAUACCUUACCACAGAGGUGGAAAGAGGUUGCAUAUUGGAUUUCAGGAGUUCAGAGAGGAUUUAGCCGCUCGGUCACAGGCAAUGAUGAAUCGCUUUGAUUCAGUAAGGAUAAAAGUUCUGACGAUCUGCCAAUCAAAAAGUGCGGAUAAGUUAGAAGAUGCAGCAGAUACCAAUGAGGAAAAAGAGGAAAGAACUUAUGGUUCCUUGAUGAUGGAGAGGCUAACUGGAACUCGAGAUGGUCGAAUAGAUCACAUGCUCCAGGAUAAAACCUUUGAGCAUCCCUACCUACAAGCCAUCGGAUCACACACAAACUAUUGGAGAGAUUAUGAUACUGCUCUUUUCAUAUUAAAGCACUUGUACUCUGAAUUACCAGAAGAGCCUAACUCAUCAUCAGAAUCCAAUGGAGACAGUCCAAAAGAUUUAAGUAGACCUCAUAGCUGGAUGCAGGGAAGAGAAACCAAUGAUGAAGAGCUUCCAUUAACCUUCUCUGACAAACAAAUGGUCAGAAGCUUCUCAGCAAAAGCCCGGAAAUAUUCAAAGAAGGCUUAGAUUUAAGCAUAUUCACAUCUCGGGUCAGGUUUGUAAUAUCGGUAUGGCUAGAAUGGAUAUCUUUAAUCAAAUGCCACUGGAAUCUGCGAAAGCUUGAUGAUAAAGAGGAAGGGAACGCAAUCAGGAAGGGGAGGUUGGUUAUUCCUAACCUAAGCCAUGACUUGUAAGCAUUGUUGUUUAUUUACUGUACAGAAGAUCUGCUUCGAAAAUGUAAAGAAACGCUGAAACCCAGAGUAUUUGUACAAUGUGAUAUAGAAAUGUUGUUUCAGCA